CGGAGAGCUUUUUUUUCAGUUGGCUUUACUUUUGGACUCUGUGUGUUUUUUGUCACUGGUCGCGUCCAAUAACACGCUGCUCGCGACCGCUCAGCUCAGCUCCGGUCCAUGCCGUGCCGUGACGUGCCGUGCCGUUUUCUCUGUUGGAAAUAUAUAUUUUCGGUACCGCUGCCGUGUGGUGUGUGCGCUCUGUCCGAGCCGUGUAAUUGGCUUCCAUUCGCGGAGCCAAGUGCAUUUGCUUAUCACACAUUAUUUCGCAUUUCAAGUGUAUUUAUAGAGAUACGAGUACAGCUUCAUCGAUAGAGAGGAGUUGGUUGCAUGCCAACCUUUGGGACGCCAUGCAAAUCAAUUGCAAGAGAUUUCGUUUGGCAAAAUACCCCUUAAUUACGAGCGGGGUUAUGGCGGGGUGCAGUGGGAAAAAUGAUUAUCGACUCCCAAACUCCCAAACCUCUUCUAAGCAAACUGAGUUACGAUAUUAUCAUUUUGUGAAAGAACUUUUUAUUUCGAUAAAAUUUGGUACAAACGUAUAUAUUUCUAUAUAUACAUAUAUGCAUGGAAUUGGUAUAUACCAGGGCUCCACGCGCAACACCCAUUUGCACCUCCUUCUUCCCUCACCGCGCCCUCUUGUGCGACGGGGCAUACGCGUGUGCUGGUGGGCCAUCAAUGUGAAAUCCAGUAGGACCAAUUUGAGUGUCAUUAUUGCACGUGUCUACAAUUUCAAUGAAAAGGCAGAUCUGAAAUCUUCAGAUUAUCCCUACCAGCCAACGGUGACAUCAAUAUAG